UUGAGAAUUACAUAACACCACGCAUCCUCAUUGUCCACCACACUAUUUGUACUUCCACAAAUACAUAACUUCUUCAUUCUUCCUACAACCACUACUAUUUGUAGCUACACGUUUUAUAUAUCUAGCCACUAGCCCUCUUUCACACAAGCCUUUGAUUCCUCUCCAACUUCUACAAUGUCUUCCUUAGUCCAACACAAGUGUCUUCCCAGCUUUCACCACCAAGUUUGCACAAAGAAUACUAUCAUCCACCGAAUUCGCGUCAAUUGCUCCGCCACCACUACCACUGAUACUCCUACCACUGCCACGAAGUCCAAGCCUAAUGCUAAUCAAUUGAUCAUUGAGCCGAAACUUGCACGACCGCCAAUAAAAGUGGUAACCGAUGCUAAUCGUCCAAUGGACAAUGACCCUAGUUUGGAAUCAACAUGGUCUCAUCGAGCAUGGGUGACAGUUGGAUGCACAACAUUGCUCAUUUCGUUGGGAGAGUCCAUUAAAGGUUCAGUGGAUAUGAAUAUGUGGGUGGAGCCUAUUGUGGCCGGUUGGAUUGGUUACAUCUUAGCUGAUCUUGGGUCCGGAGUUUACCAUUGGGCCAUUGAUAAUUAUGGGGACGAGUCAACACCAUUAGUUGGAGGCCAAAUUGAAGCUUUCCAAGGCCAUCAUAAGUGGCCGUGGACCAUUACUAAGCGUCAAUUUGCCAACAAUUUACACUCACUCGCACGUAUGGUAACUUUUGUAGUGCUUCCUAUCAAUCUUGUUUUCCAUGACCCUAUUGUUCAAAGUUUUGUUGGGGUGUGCGCUGGUUGUAUUAUGUUUAGCCAACAAUUUCAUGCAUGGGCUCAUGGGACAAAGAGUAGGCUUCCACCGCUCGUGGUAGCUUUGCAAGACGGCGGAGUGCUUGUGUCACGGUCGCAGCAUGGGGCGCACCACCGGCCACCGUAUAACAAUAAUUAUUGCAUAGUAAGUGGAGUGUGGAAUGAGUUUUUGGAUAAAACUAAAGCUUUUGAAGUUAUGGAAAUGAUAUUGUAUUUUAAACUUGGGGUUAGGCCUAGAUCAUGGAGUGAACCUUCUUCUGAGUGGAUAGAGGAGAUUGAGAUUGCUUCUCAAAGCCAAGGCUAAUGACCCCUUCUUUCUUCUCUUUUCCUUGUUAAAAUAUUUAUUUGUUGCAUAUAAUACUUGUGUGGAUAACUGGAGAUAUGACUGUUAUCUCUCUAUGUUCUUUUCCCAAAAUUUGAAAUUAAUAGAUUUUUUUUAUUAUUUUA